GGAGCAGAAAGGGUCUGUUAAGGCAGCUGGGAUACAAGCAGCAGCAGAACAUCUACUGCAUUUCAAAUGCUUUUGCUUUCCUGUAAGCCUCAGAGAUUUAGCCAACUUUUCAUCAGCAUUUUUCUUCAGAAGACAGGAUACACCUUUUCCUCUUUCUAAAAGAAGGAACUGAUCUGCCUGCAAUCAGAAGCAACUGCUUUCAGUAUCUCAGUUUUUGCUACUUGAUUUGUGAUACAUUUAGCGCAAGAAUUCUUCACCGGAAUUAUCCACUUUCCUUGAUGAUGAAGAAAAGCUUGUAAGUAGCUAGCCUGAGACUUUGCAUGUAAGUUUUGAUAUGUUAAAAAGUCAAGGAAUGUAAAUUUAUGUUAGCAAAUUUGUUGUAUAGUCUUCUAAAAGGCUUCGCAGCCGGGGCUGAUUUGUUCAGUGGUUAUGUUGCCUCUCUGUAGUUUGCUCUUGCAAUAUAUAUAAACAGACCUGUGCCAUAAACCCUUCCUGUCAUAUGACAGCUGAUAUGUGAAACUCUGAGUGAUGCAACAAGCAAGGUAUUCAUAAAGCAGAAAUCUUUUCAAUCUUAGCUGAAUGACCAAGGCUUUCCCUAUGUUUGUUUUUUCUCCGUGUUAUCGGAGGAGGAAGAGAAGCUCAUUACCAGAACAAUUAUUAACUGCCAUUUCUGACUGAGCUAUGAUAAGACAAUUGAAAUGUGCACCUUUAUCAUGCUGGGAUCUUAGAAUCAUAGAAUCAUAGAACUGUAGAGUUGGAAGGGACCCUGAGGAUCAUCUAGUCCAACCCCCUGCAAUGCAGGAAUAUGCAGCUGGUCCAUACAGGGAUCGAACCUGCAACCUUGGCGUUAUCAGCACCAUGGUCUAACCAACUGAGCUAUCCAGGCUCUUCAUCUUGGCAAAACCAUGUGAGCAUCUUGGGACUUUCAUGCCUAGAUAUCAGAAUGCCUGAGAUUUACUACAUGAUUACAACUAUUCACUAGCUUCACAGCAUCUACACCAUGCAUUUAAGGCAUUCAAAUGUCACACCAAAUACCACACUCAUAUAACAGUCACACCUUCCCCCAGAGAAGUCAGGGAAGUCGCAGCUCUCUGAACAACUCUCUGUGCACUUGACAAACUACAUUUUACAGGAUUAUUUGAGGAAAGUUGUGACUGUUUAAAGUGGUAUAAUGGUGCUUUAAAUGUAUAGUGUCAUGUGACCCAUAUUGUUAUGGCUUCUGCUCAACCACUCUUAAUGGCUUAUCCAUGCUUUAAAGCUCUGUGUCCGAGCACUUUUCUUUUUUCUUGCUUACUUUCUUUUUUGCUCUGGAGCCUUCCCCAAGAAAACCUGCUCUUUACUGCUGAAUCAGAGCAAACAGCAAUCCGUGGAAACCCCAAAUUUCCAUUUGGUGUGCUUCUGCUUUGAAGACUGUGCUUUUGUGGGGAAAGCGACAUGGUGGGGGGAAAAGAGAGUGACUAGACACAGAGCUUUAAUGUGCAAACGUGUGUCUGGAAAGCACAGGGCUAAGGGUAAGUAUGGAUAAACCCUUAUAUUAAGCACCUUACUAGUCCAUAGUCCAGAAUGAUCAUGGGAACCCAGGAAGCAGUCAUGAUACAGAGGUAAGAUUAUUGGUCCCCAGCACAACCUGGAAAUGCAAGGGAUUGAACCUGCAAAGCUGUGACACUAGGUGUCUCCAAGGCAAGGCAAGAAGUGAAGGAGCUGCACAUACUUGUCAAUGGAUGUUUCAUCAGGGAGUCUUAUUAAUUAAGACAUGGUUUCCUGGGAGUUGGGGAUCUUGGUGUGUUUGGAUGUGGUACCCAUGGCACUUGGCUGGAGCUAUUCCCAUAUUGAUCUUUCUCCAGAUCUAAUGUGGAACAGCGGAUCUGUUGCAUAGCAGGACUGCCUUUUUGUACCUACAUCUGCUCUAUUUGUGGAUCCACAAAUGAGGCAACUGGAACAAAGCCAGUGUAAGUCUCUCUCACCCAAAGGAAACCAGGCCAGUUAGAAUUGGCCCAGAACUUUCCAUUGACGGAGGAAGUGAGAAGCACAUAACCAUCUUUUUCUCUGCAUGUACCAAUUGCACUAGAGUGAUAAUUCCCAGUGGUACUUGCUUAGCAAGCGGACUGCCAUUCUUCAUUUUUUUUGCUUCACAUGAGACUUAACAGAGUUGCUCAUAAAUGGCAAAGAACAUCUGUUGUUUUUCUAAUAGAGUUGCAUCAAAUAAUCUCACUCAGCUGAUGGUAAGGCUUAUGUUGAACAAUGCCUUCUCCAUGCUGUCACCUCACUAUCACCCCUAAAUUUGCUCUGGAGGGUUCUCUAGUCCUUCUAGGCCAAAUUUAGGGAGGGGUUCAAGGGACUGUGGAGGUAAAUCACUGAAAACAAGUUCCCAGAAUUCUCAGUGAAGAGGGAGUGGUUGUUAAACCGCUCUGCAAAUUGUAGCUCUGUGAGGGGAACAGAUGUCUCCUAACAACUCUUACCACCUUUAAGAAGCCACAGCUCCCAGAAUUCCUUGGGGAACUGAUGACUGCUUAAAGUGGUAUGAUACUGCUUUAAAUGUAGAGCAUGAAUGUACAGUGUGUACAGGCUGCCCAGUGUCUUCCUUCUGUGUGGAGGAGGUGAUACAGUUUUGCCUACAUAAGCAACAACACUUGGAGAAUUGGGUUGUUGUCAUUAUUUUUAAUGAUUUUAAUACUGGUUAUUUAAAAUAUAACACAAGGGGAGGUGAAAGAAGCAAUGUUGGCUCCCAUUACCAAGAAGAAUAUUCCAUCAAGAAAAGAUAAUAAUAAUCCAACCACCAUAAUUUAAAUAUAUACAAGAAUAUAAGCUGUCCAUAGGUCCAAGAUUAAUGAUUAAAAUAAAUCCAUUCAAAUUUAGAAAGAGCAGUGCAAUACAACCUUGAAGUAUAAGUCUCUUUGCAACCGCAAUGGCUCGUCUGUGAGUUCCUACAUCAUAGGAAUCUAGUUUAAAAGUAUGUGAACUUCUGUGGAUAUCAAAGAUAUUUCCAAAAGGAAGUUAAUACAAAAAGCUGUUUCUGGCCAAAAGUGAGACACCACAGGGCACUGCAACAUCAUAUGUUGCAAUGAGACAUUAUCAUCAUUACAUCACCAGUGUCUGUCUGAACCAACCCUUCCUGUAAAGACACUGCUGAGUUCAGUAUACCCAAAACAUCAUUGUUGUGUUGCUGAAGAAGUCUCAAUUUUAAAACCAUCAUUAGCGUAGAUUCUAAUGUUGUUCCUUAAGCACUUUGAGUAUCCACUUUACGACAUUCCAAUAAAUAAUUAUUUUUAAAAAACCAGCAACUACAGGUUUAACUUUCUGUAAUGUAGGGAUGCCAUAUUUCAAAAAGUGAAAAUCUGGUCAGAAAAGUUGUUGAGCUGUUUUUGCAAAAUCGUAAAGAAACUGGACAUUUUAAAGCUAUUUUUGAGGAAAACGCGGGGGGGGGGGGGGACAAAAGCGACAUUGGUUGCCGUAUGUCCGGAUUUUCCCAGGCAUUUGGCUGAUUUCUGCCAGGAAACUACUUUCGACUGCAGUAUUCCAUGUAUGUCCAGGAAAUUCAGGACGUAUGGCAACUCUAUAAUGAUUCAAUUAUUCCCUCCACCAAUGCAGCAGAUUCUGAAGCUGACCGUUGAUAAGCAGGCACCAAAAGGUGCUGUCACUGAAGAUAUUACCAUUCAGCCGUGGUUAUAGUAGUCCCUUUCUUCUUAUAUUCGUAGACCUUAGGAACAUCAGAAAUAGAAAAACAGAGGUGCUUGGAGAAUCAAGUUGGAAAUAUAAAAAAAAGAUGUCUCCUUUUAGCACUCCUGUAAACAUUCUGAAAAUAUCAAGAAUGUGGAAGGAGAUGUGCAGAGGUAUCUUUUUGUAACACCUGGAGGCUGAUUUGUUAGGCAAAUAGGCCCAUCAAUCUCAGCCAGCUUCCACCUGUCUGCUGUUCUUACAUUCACUCCAGGGGGUGGCACUGGAUGUCAACUUCCUCCUCUUAAGUUUCAGUAUUCCUGUUUUAGAGCUCAGUAGGACAAAGGCAAAACUAGAGUUAGUUGGCUCUAUUUUUCAUUGGCACUGCCUCCAGCUACUGUUGGCAUCUCUGCUUUCUGCACUACCAGGGCUCAUCGACACUUCCGCUUCUCCCAUUCCUAGAAAGCACAAGUCCAAUAAAUUUUCCACUUGCCCUGCAUCUUUUCCAGGGAAAACCCACCCUUUAGCCCUAAACUAGAGAAAACUCGAAUUGCCAUUUGCUCCGACUGAGCACUAAAGAGCAGUUUUCCCUGGGGGAAACCAGAAGGAUAAGUGGAAGUGUGGAUAAGCCCCCCAUCUCCAUGGGUCCCAACCACCACUGCCUUUGUUUGGUGGGGGUGUGCAUGCUUUUUGCAUUAAAAGAGCUUUGAAGGGAAGAAGGAUCUGGGUAAAUAGUUUGCCAUCUUUUCAUCCAUUGAAGCCGGGUGCAGAUGGUAUAAUGAAGUGGGAUUGUGGUUGUGCCUGCUAGUCCUGGACCCUUGCAUUAAGUUAUAGCAUCUGUAAGGAGGGCAGAUGUACAUGGAUACCAAUGUCCAACGUGAUGGAUUGUGUGAUGUCUACAUUGCAAAUUAUGUGGUGUAAAAAUCACAUCAUUCCUUCCAAGCCCCUCCUUUGUGAGGGUUUAUCAUGAGUUACUGACAUUCAGUUAAUACAGUAUCUGUAUUUUUGUUCUGUUAUGGUACAACUUUAACUGAGCUUGUAGUGCUUUUGAUUUUGGUGCAUUGGAUGCAAAAAAGUAUAGAUAUAGAUAAAGAAGCAAUGCAUGCAAAGUGUUCAAGGAGGUGCAGCUGGCAGACAUGAUUACUUCACUCCUGAUAUUGAUUAUGCAGGGGAUUAAAAUUUGCCCAGGAAGAAAUCUUUAGAACAAUCGAUCCCACAAUUAUAUAUAUAUAUAUAUAUAUAUAUAUAUAUAUAUAUAUAUGCACCCAUGUUUAACUCUCCCAUUGAAACAGCCCAUGAGACUUGAGUAUGUUGAAAUUUAGGCUUGAACUUGUCCUUUUUUUUUUUUUUUGGUAAUAACCGAGUGCAUUUCCCCAAGAAGCAAGUUAGUUCCUCAGAAAGGCAUGUGAAGGACAAGUUCCUCUUACGUGAACUUAGGAAACCGUCUUACAUAAAGUCUGACCACUAGUCCAUCUAGUUCAGUAUUGUUGACACUUGGGCUUAUCCACACUUCCUUUUGCCCCACUGCUUUCCCUGGGGGGAAACAGCACUUUAGCACUCAUUCAGAGCAAACAGCAAUUCAGGUUUCCUCCAGAUUGACGUUUGCUCCAGUUUAGAGCUAAAGAGCAGGUUUUCCCUCAGAAAGGAACGGGGCAAGAAGGAAACUGCUUGGAUCUGUGCCUAGAAAGCAUGGAUCAAGUGGAAAACCACUGGGCUGUGCUUUCUAGGCAUGUGAUAAGCAGAAGUGUGGAUGAGCCCACAGAUUGCCAGAAGCAAUUGAUAAGAUUUCACAUAGAGGUUUUUCCAAAUCCCACCUUUUUGGCAAAAACUGUGGUAUAAACAAUAAAUCCUGGGAAGAUGAAUGCUCUUUGAGUUGGUGGUUCCCAUGCGCGGGAGACAGGCAAGUUACCCAUUCUGUAUGAGAAUGUGCUCCCUCUGAAGGAGCAGGUAUGUAGCUUGGGGGUACUGCUGUAUACACUCACUGCCCACAUGUCCUCUGUGUCAGGAGCACCUUUUACUAUCUUUGCCUGGUUUGCCAGCUGCAGACAUAUCUGGGCAUGGAUAGCCUGACCACUGUGGUUUGUGGGCUGCUAAUUGCAAGGCUGGAUUACUGGAAUGUGCUCUAUGUGGGACUGCCCUUGGAACCAGUGCAGAAGCACUUGCUGGUGCAGAAUGCAGCAGCCAUAAUGCCAAUGGGGUAACGUGGUCAACAAUAUGUGUCACCAUUGUUAAAAAAUCUGCACUUCUGAGCCAGGUUCAAGACCCUUGUAUUAAUGUACAAAACCCUAAAUAACUUUGGUCCAAGAUAUCUUAGGGACCUCCUGAAGCCUAAUAUCCCAGCUCAAUCUCUAUGAUCUUGUAUGGGAGCAAUGCUGGCUGUGCACUGAAUUGGCGAGGCUCACGUGAUACUGACAUGAAAUUGAGUUUAUAUGGUCAUUGACCCAGCUCUGAGGAAUGCUCUUCCAAUACAAACUAGGCAGGCAUUUUCUGCCUUGACCUUUAAAUAUUUGCAGAACACUUUUCUUUAGUGCCAGGCUUACGCAGGCAAUUCAGGUGGGCACUUUUGUUAAUAGUUAGUUGGUGAUCUGGUUGGUUUUUACGGUAUUUGGUUUUUUAAAAGUGGUUUUGAUUUGUGUGUGUGUGUGUGUGUGUGUAAUUGUUGUAAACCAUUCUUUAAAAUGAAAUUGUAUUUUUAUAAAUACAUACCAGGAGAUGUCCCCUUCUUCGUGUGCUCCCUCCUCAAGAGGUCAGGAGGGUGGUAACAUGAGAACGGGCCUUCUCUGCAGUGGCUCCCCAUCUGUGGAAUGCUCUCCCCAGGGAAGUUCGCCUGGUACCUUCAUUAUGCACCUUUAGGCACCAGGCAAAAACGUUCCUUUUUAACCAGGCCUUUGCCUGACCUGAUCUACAUCCUAUACCCUUUUUAAAAUGCUAGUUCUUUUUAGGGGGUGUCUAUUGGGUUGUCGUUUGUAUUUUGAUUUUAUAUAUGUGAUCUUUUAUGUGAACCACCCUGAGACCUUCUGGUAUAGGGCGGUAUAGAAAUUAAAUAAAGAAAUAAAUGUCAGGGAUUGAACCUGGGACCUUCUGCAUUAAAAGCAGAAAGGUGUUUAUUAUGGGAUGGGUGCUGAUGCAUGCAUUUUUUUUCACAGUAUCUACACAAUGCCAUUGGCAUCAGAAUGUCAGCCCUCAUCCCCUACAUUUACAGUGGUACCUCGCAAGACGAAUGCCUUCCAAGACGAAAAACUCGCAAGACGAAAGAGUUUUUGGUUUUUUGAGUUGCUUCGCAAGACGAAUUUCCCAAUGGGCUUACUUCGCAAGGCGAAAACGUCUUGCAAGUUUGUUUCCUUUUUCUUAAAACCGUUAAUACCCAGGGUGCAUUGCUUCGCAAGACGAAAAAUUUGCAAGACGAAGAAACUCGCAGAACAAAUUAAUUUCGUCUUGCGAGGCACCACUGUAUUCCUGAUUCUCCCUUUCCUUUGAAAAUCCAAUAAGACAUAAAAUCAUGUCACCACAAUCACCAGCUUGCAAUAUCUGAAUGACUUAUUUUCAAUAUUACCUAAGCUCCAAGCUAGAAGCACCCAAAGUAAAUUAGAUGGAACAGGAUAGGUAAGGAAAUGUAAGUCUGAAGAGUUGCUAACAUGAAAGAAUUAUCUUGAAAAUAUACAAAUAUAAAAAAUACAGUCUGAUAAGGUUAAAUGUAAUGAAUAACUAUAUUGUAAUAGCUGGCCUGCUGGUGCAAAAAAUAAAAUUUUAGAGAAGGUUUGGGAGAAAGAGUACAUUUUAUGAUAUCAAAGAUACGUCUACUGGGAAACUUUUGCAAAAUAACAGCUAGAUGGCACACGGCAGUUGAAAGAGAUAUGACUAGUUGGAAACGUAAACAUUGUAAUACACACAGGAAUGGAUAGUCUGUGAAAAUAUCCAGUUAUUCAAAUGUUUGGGGUUCAGAGAUUGAGGAAGAUCAAGGAGAAGAGCAGACUGCAUAUGGGCAGAACUGGGACAGAAAAUAAGAAUUAUAUUAUUAAAUGACUGAUGGCAGAAAAACUAUGUGCUUGUCCACACUUCUGCUUGUCCUGUGCCUUAAAAACAUGGGUUUAAGAGCUUUCCCCCUUGUCCCACACUUUCUAGGCAUGAGUCCAAACAGUUUUUCAUUUGUCCCGCCACGGGAAAACCCACUGUUUACCCCUGAAUUGGAACAUACAUCAAUCCACAGAAACAUCUUUAGCCAUUUGUUCUGACUCAGCAGUAAACAGCCAGUUUUCCUGAAAGAAAGCGGUGGAAUAAGCGGUGGAAUAAGCAGUGUGGACGAGCCCUAUAAGUUGGUCAACUCUGGGGAAGUUAGAAAUACCAAAAGCAAAGGAAUUUCACUACAGAUUUGUAUAAAUAUUAAGCUAUCUUUAGCUCCGAUUCUUGGAUUGCAGGGGGUUGGAUUAGAUGCCUCUUGAGGUCCCUUCCAGCUCUACAAUUCUAGGAUUCCAUAACUAGGCACCCAGUGAAACCAGCAUAAUAAAACCAGAGGUGACUAACCUGUGACCCUGGAUUAUAAAUUCUGUCAUCCCACACCCUGGACCAUUCUGGCUGGGUCUGAUGGGAGUUGUAGACGAACAAUGUGUGGAGAGCCCCAGGUUCCCACCCCCCACUGAGACAGACCCUAUCAUCAAUCAGUGAUUACUCAUUAUGAGGGCAAUUUGGAACUUCUAUGUGUGCAGGACUCCACUGUGGCACAAUACCACUGAAUACCAGUUGCUGGCAGGUGCACAAUGAGAGCAGCUAUUGCCUUUAACAUAAUGAUGGGAGACUGGGACAGCUGUAGUGUUAUGUACUGAAGUUCUCACCCUGGGCCAGCAGGGGGAUACUGUAGAUAGUUCAGGUCCACAUAUGCAAAUAAGGUUUCCAAAGUGACGUUCAGUGAUUGGAUAGUUACAGAAAAUGGUUACUGUUACGUUCUAGUGGAGCUCUAUGUAAGCAGGCUGGCUGAACCCUUCAGUUCUGUUCUGGCCUGUGAAUAAACAAGAGCUGUUUGAAGAAUCGCUGUGCCGUCUGAUAUGUUCACCCACAACUUAACAUGUAGCCCUCUAGAUGAUGUUGGAUUACAACCAGUGCUUUUUUCUGGGGGUAUUCAAAGGUACCCAAUACCGACACACACACCCCGUGUUAAAAGUGGCACUUAUUGCAAUGACUUCAUGGUGAGUAGUAGCACCUUUUUUUCCUUUUCCUUUUAAAAAAAGCACUGAUUACAACUCCCAUUAUCCCUAACCAUUGGUCAUGCUGGCUGGGACUGAUGGAAGUUGGAAACCUCUUCCGAGCUGAAACCUUACAAACCCUCCUAGCCAGUAAAAGCCCUAGACGACCACAGUAUCUUUACUGGAAAACUAUCUGGGAGAAGAAGGUGUUUGCCUUCACAUUAAAACACUUCCGUUGCCCUAUCACUGCAGCCGAAGAAAAGUUAGCUGUCGUUUGUAUGAUUUUUGUUAUCAUUACCUAGAAAUUCCACUGAUUUUUAUGAGGCCAUAAAAAUGACCUCUUAUAAAUGGAACCAGAUAAUGUAGAAUAGCUUUCAUAGCUCCACCACUGAAGAUAUCUACCGUAUAUACUCGAGUAUAAGCCAACCCGAAUAUAAGCCAAGGCACCUAAUUUUAGCACAAAAAACUGGGAAAACUUAUUGACUCGAGUAUAAGUCGGUUCACCACACCACAAACCAGGUGGUGGCGGCAGUGGAGGAGGAAGAACAAGCAGCCUGAAAGGGCUCCUUUCGGGCCGCUUGUCCCUCCACCGCUGCCUCUGCCACUCACAAGAGCAGGCAUAGGAGCUGUGAUUGGGAGAGGCACAGUGCUGCACAGUGCCUCUCCCAACUGCGGCUCCUGUGCCUGCCCUUGUGAGAGGAGGGGGCCGCUGGCAGGACCAGCAGCAAGAAAGGGCUCCAUUCAGGCCACUCAUCUCUCCACCGCUGCUGCCCGCCUCACUCGAGUAUAAGCUGAGGGGGGCUUUUUCAGCAUAAAAAAUUUGCUGAAAAAGUCAGCUUAUAUUCAAGUAUAUACGGUAAGUUAAUACGUGCAGUUAGACACCACCCUUCUAACAAAAUGAAUAUUAUUCCCAGAUUCAUUUGUAUCCUGAGAGGACUAUAAAAACUGGGUUUUUAUAUCUGGAUCAUAUUCAAAAGAAAUAAAUUCCUUGUUUAGGAAAUGCCUUAGGGGCUCAGCAACACCAAGAAUAUCCUUGCAGAAAAUGAAGCUACAAAUUAAAGAAGACGGUUUUGAAAUCCCAAAUUUGCUAUGCUUACCUACUGUCAAGUACUAAAUUUAGGAAUCCCACUGUUGGCCCUAAUUUUCCAAUGUGGGCAACCCACAGCGCCACCCGCGUCCCAAUAUGGAAUAUAUUAGCUAAUAAAAACAAAUUUGAUCCAUUUUCACAUGCUAAACUUACUCUGUGGUGAAACCCCACACUAAGCAUUGCAAAAAAGAUGGUGAUAUGGAAAAAUUGGAGGAAAGCAGGUGUAUUGGCAUUGCACCAACUGAUAGAUGGGGAAGAUGGAAUUUUAUACUUUUGCUAUUUUAAGACAAAAAUAUUGUCUAUCAGAUGCAGCCCAAUGGCAAUAUCUUCAAUUACAACAUCUAUUACAACAAGUGUGUUUGAGCCGUUCGAAAGCACGUCAAAGUGCAAGUAGAUAAUUAGGUACCGCUCCGGCGGGAAGGUAAACUACGUUUCCGUGCGCUUCUCUGGUUCACGAGAAGCAGCUUAGUCAUGCUGGCCACAUGACCCGGAAGCUGUACGCCAGCUCCCUCGGCCAGUAAAGCGAGAUGAGCACCGCAACCCCAGAGUCGGCCACGAUUGGACUUUAGGGUCAGGGGUCCCUUUACCUUUACCUUAAGUUCAAUAUACAGACUGUAAAAGAUGAUUGGAACUUUCAUUAUUACCCAGAUAGUGGGAAAAUGUAUUAGCUUCAAUACCUAAGGUGUAAUUAGUUUUAAAAUUAGGACUAAUGCAAUAGAAAAUAAUAUUUAGAGUUUAUUGGACCCCUUUAUGGUUGUAUAAAAAAGGGUUAGCUAAGAUAGCUCAGUGUUGGAGAUGUGGCAAGGACAAUGCCUCUCUGAAACAUAUGUUCGUACAGUGUUCUUUAAUUAACAAGUUUUGAGAGAAAGUUCUGCACUGGGUAACUAUGACUGUGCAGAAAAAGUUAAAUCUUUCAGCAGAGAAUCUUUUAUUGAACUAUAUACCUGCAGUAUGGGAAUUAUCAACGGGACAAUGGAAAUGGAUUUCCCGUGCCCUAAUGGUGGCCAAGAUAUUGAUAUUGAGGAAGCCAAGAUAUUGAUAUUGAGGAACUGGAAAAAGAAAGAUAUGAUACUCCUUCAAUCAAUGGAUUGAUAUGACAUCACUGGCAAUUUAUGAACAGAUUGCUUAUCGGUACAGACUCUGUAUGGAUAAAUACGAUAACAUUUGGAAUGAAUUUAUACAAAAUGUAGUAGGCUAUUAGCAUUUACAUAAGCACUAGGACAAUAACACUAUACCAAUUUAUUUAAAAAUGCAUGGGAAUGUCGUAUAUUGCUCGCUUUUUGUAUAUUUUCACUUUUAUAUGUAUCUUUGUUGUUCACUUUCCUCCUUCUUUUUCUGUAUCACUUUCUUUCUUUUAAUGGAAAUCACCUUAAAAAAUUAUAAAUAUUAAAAGCAUCCUUCAAACACUGUGGGAUCCAUUGGCUGAAAUCUCCACAGUGUGAGAGGUUUCACUUAAUCUGAAAAAUGCAGUUAGUGCACAACGCUGCGCCAUGGUUGCUGACAGAAGUAAGAACCUUUCGGCAUAUAACACCUCUGCUUGGAGAUCUGCACUGGUUCCCGAUUCGUUUCAGGACCACAUUCAAGGUGUUGCUGUUGGUAUAACAAAGCCCUUCAUGUGUACUUGCAGCAUUGCCUUGGCCCAUAUGUGCCCACUCGACCCCUUUGAUCUGCAAAACUAGCCCUGAUACAGGUGCCACUCAUUCCGCAGUUGUAAGAAAUUGGUCUUUUAGUGUGGCAGGUCACACUGCCUGUAGAUGUGAGGCAGGAGCCUUCACUGCACUCUUUUCUGUGCCUGCUUUAAACAUUUUGCUUAUGCAAGCCUAUUCACCCAGGCAGAUGUUGACAUGCUUUAGCCUUUCUUGCUGCUAAUUUUAUUUAUCUUUAUUUAUCUUUAAUUUAUUUUUGUUGCUUUUCAUGUUGACAGUUUUAAUACUUCCUGUAAAGCGCUUAGCGUUUUUACUGCAAUCAAGUGGUGUAGCAAUUUUGUUAAAUAAAUAACCAUAUAUAUAAUUUGGCUAAAUAUUGUUUUGGAGCAGAGUCCUGGUUUCUCUGUUUCUCUCUCUCUCUCUUCUAUAUAGGUAGACAAGAGACAUGAUCAGAGUUCAAGGAGACAUCCCAGCCAAGGAAGGUGCAGAGCAGGGAUGGUGAGGGGUGUGGCUUAGGGAGACGGGUUGUGCUUAGGGAGGGAAUGCCGAGGGCUAGAUAGAGUAGCUUCAGGGUCCACAUUUGGUCCCUGUGCCUGAAGUUCUCCACCCUUGCAAGAGGUGGAUAGGAUUAGGAAAGAUAAGUGUGUGCAAAGAAUAUGUAUAAGAGUGUGUGUGAGAGAGGAGUGAGGUUAGAUGGUGAACAGGAGUUCUUUUAGCACUAAGAAGUAGUUAUUUCCAGUACAUUGUUGGUAUGGCCAGGGGCAGAUUGGGGGCUGUGCACCCAGUUCUGAGCCAAGGGGGCACUGUUUCAAACCCAGGUUAGUGAGGCAUUGUGCUUUGGGAAGGAAGUGUGAGGCUCUGACAGAGUCCUAGAAACCUCCUUCCUCCUUCUCAAAGACUAGUUAGCACUUUCCCAGCUUUCGGAGGCAGGUGAUAGGGCUCUAGGACCCUCCCAGAACCUUGCAUCUCCUUCCCAAAACACAGUGCCCCCUUACCUGGCAUUGCACAGGGCACCAUUUACUGAAGUCUGCUACUCGUAGAGCAGAGGGCCUGAUCCACACAUAGUGUGCUGAGCUACAUCCCAUUGGCACCCUGUUACUCAGACUAAGCCCUGACAACAAAGACCAGAAUGCUGUUCCCCUCUGAAAGUCAACUUAAAUUUGCUUCUAUAGAUAUAAAUUAGCAUGUGGAGAUUUUAUGCAAAAUUGUCAUGAGUUUGCGCCCCAAGUCUGUCAAGUACUUAGCUAUGAGCUGUUCAGCACUGGAGCCAACUGCCUGUUUUGUACUGAAGUUCUCACCCUGGGCCAGCAGGGGGAUACUGUAGAUAGUUAUGCAAAUAAGGGAUCGAAAGUGACGUUCAGUGAUUGGAUAGUUUUAGAAAAUUGUUACUGUUACGUUGUACUGGAGCGCUAUAUAAGCAGGCUGACUGAACCCUUCAGUUCAGUUUUGUUCUGGCCUGUGAAUAAACAAGAGCUGUUUGAAGAAUCGCUGUGUUGUCUGAUAAGUUCACCCACAACUUAACACUGCCCCUGGGAGGUGUUGAGCCCUCCUUCACUGGAGGAAUUUAAGGAGAUGCUGGACCAUCUGCCAGGGAUGACGUAGCUGCAUUUUGAAUUGCAGGUCCUACACUGAGCAAAGGGCUAGGGCUGGUUGAUUUCCAAGAUCCCUUUUGUGGAAAUAGGGUUGCCAUAUUUUGAAGAACAAAAAAGAGGGCACAUCUGACAACUUCUACUUUUAACUAUUGAUAGCUGUGCCGACUCUCGUUUUAAAUACCCACAAAGUAAAGAGCGUGUCCUGGAAAAAGAGGGCAUAUGGCAACCACUAUUUCCAGAACAUAGGUAUUCAUGCAUCUGCCUCAGAGGCCAUCACAUGAAUUCAUUCAUUCAGACAAGAUUUAAGUGUGGAAAAUGAAGCAACUAGCAUAGGUCCAAACCUGAUGACUUACAGGUUAUUUACAACUCUCUAAUUCUAUAUAGGCCACCCAGACAAAGAUGCACAGACCAUGCCUCCAUUUGUUGGGAAGUACUUUGAGAAACAGAAUUGCUCUGCCUUUGAACAGCUGAAUGCGAACUUCCUGAGUGGUGAAAAUGACAACCAUCUCAGGCACAAAUGCCUAGUGCCUAUUGGGAUUGGUAAAAUGCCAAGAGUAGGCGGAGCCGGGGCCAAUGACAGGCAGGCCCAACUAAUCCUAGUGAACUGUCUCUGUCCAUAAAGGCAGGCUACACAAAGACUACAGAGGAGGAAGCUGGCAGGCAGUACUGGACUGGUUGUAGAUAAGGCAAUCAGGUGGGAGGAGCUUGCUGAGGACUAACUGAGGUGUCCCAUUCACCCUAAUGGAUCAGCCUCUACUGCCAAGUAGUGGCUCUUCAGGGUGACUUGCAUAGAAGAAGAGACAAGUUUUUAGUCCAUUUAUCAGCUCUGGCUGCAUAAAUGUUCCUACUCUCCCACUUCUAAAAUUUCUUCCACGUCAUAUCCCUCUUCUCCUCUCAGAAAGCCAGAAAGCCUGUUAACCUUCACACGGCCUGUCCUGCUUGCAAAUUUAUAGGCUGGUUGGGAAGAGGUUUCAGAGAAUGCUCAAGUUCUGUGGAAUCUCAGGGGCAAAGGGCACAUAGCCUACUGAGAGGAUGCUUGAAAAGCCUCUGAUAUAUGAUUCAGCUUCUAUGUUUGUUGGACCGAGGCCACCAAAGACAUAAACAGCAACUGAAUUUCACAUCAUAGGCAUGGACAGUUAUAGACAUAGGAGGAGGCUACGCAUGUUUCUGGGCAUGCUUUCCCACUGAAAGGAUUUACAGUUGUUGCAAGUUAUUUUCUCAAGUAAACAUUUUCAAGAACAGCUCCAGGGACAUUUCCCUCCCUCUGUCAUUUUGGUCAGAACUUUGCAUACCUUGAGCCACAGAACCACUCUCCUAACAUGGGCAUCACUGCAGCUUACCUGGAUGGGGCUUAAGUGGGACAGAAUGGGGCAAUCUCAAAUAAUGCAGCUGAUCCAGUAGGAGCACUGGAUUCUAUACACCAGUGCAUCCACACUGGACCCAACUUCUCACCUGUCUGUCACCUCUCUCCCACUCCCCAGCUCAGUCCAAUCUAAUAUUUAUAUUAGAAGUCACUUUGACCACCCAUAAAGAUGGUUCUUUUUAUUGUUCUGCUCUUAGUUAUAAUUCUUCUCCUUCAUUUCUAUUCUUUAUAUAAAUCACCAAAUACUUUAUUAUUAACCACUGGUAUGAAAAUUGUUUUAGCUUCAUUGUAAAAGAUAUUUAUUAUACUCUGCUUCAAAGUGAAGAACACAGUGGGCAUAUAUCAGAGUUUAAAACUAAGUUACAAAAAUAAAAUCAGGCUGCAGAUAACAACAAUAAUAAUGACCAGAUGAUAUCAGUUAACAUGUGGAAAUUAACCAGCAGAAAUAAAUUAUGAUAUGGUAAAAUGCUCCACUUAGUGAGUGGAGCCAGGAAGGUUUUUAAAACUACCAGGAAAUGUUUUGUAGUCCCCCCCCCCCCGAUAAGUUCCUGAUAAAAUCUAGGGUGGUUUAUGCAAAUUUACUGAAUCUCAGACUUAAUUUGAGUCAUAUCUUGUCACAGUUCAGACCUGUAUCAUUUUAACAGCCCCAGGACUCGGCUGGGGGUGGGGGCAUCUGUCCUACUUUACAUAAGAACAUUUGUUGUUGUUGUUUAGUCGUUUAGUCGUGUCCGAUUCUUCGUGACCCCAUGGACCAGAGCAUGCUAGGCACUCCUGUCUUCCACUGCCUCCCGCAGUUUGGUCAAACUCAUGCUGGUAGCUUCGAGAACACUAUCCAACUAUCUCAUCCUCUGUCAUCCCCUUCUCCUUGUGCCCUCCAUCUUUCCCAACAUCAGGGUCUUUUCCAGGGAGUCUUCUCUUCUCAUGAGGUGGCCAAAGUAUUGGAGCCUCAGCUUCAGGAUCUGUCCUUCCAGUGAGCACUCAGGGCUGAUUUCCUUAAGAAUGGAUAGGUUUGAUCUUCUUGCAGUCCAUGGGACUCUCAAGAGUCUCCUCCAGCACCAUAAUUCAAAAGCAUCAAUUCUUCGGCGAUCAGCCUUCUUUAUGGUCUAGCUCUCACUUCCAUGCACCACUACUGGGAAAACCAUAGCUUUUACUAUACGGACCUUUGUUGGCAAGGUGAUGUCUCUACUUUUCAAGAUGUUGUCUAGGUUUGUCAUUGCACAUAAGAACAUAGGAAGCUGCUAUAGACCAUUUUAGACUUUGGGUCCAUCUAGCUUAGUAUUCUCUACACUGACUGGCAGAAGCUGUCCAGGAUUUCAGGCAGGGUUCACUCCUGGGCCUACCUGGAGAUGUCAGGGAUUAAACUGGGGGGGGGGGUCUUCUGCAUGCAAAGCAGGUGCUCUACCACUGAGCUAUGCUCCUUUCCCCUACUUCAGAGACAGCAAUGCUCUGGAAUGGCUGUCAAAGUCCAGGUCCAAAUAUAAAGAACCCUAAAUAAUGAGAACAGAAGCCUUGAAGUUGCCCAUCACCUGAACAGCAGACCGAGUAGGCACACAGCUCACCUGGCUACAGCCUUCCUCAGCCUAACUAGGGUAUGAUACAAUCCCAUUGAGCCUCUGAGUGACACCCCCCCCCCCAGUCAUCACUCAAGAUUUCUAGGACUGGGCGGGAGAUCUUUCAGACCAAAUGAUAUUCUAGGGGGGGAAUGACUAGGUUCCAGCACCACUCCUUUUCAAAGUAAUGCUCUGGGUUUCCUCCAAGAAAUGCAUAACUACAAGCAGAAACAGGAAUUCCGGCGAGGAAUUCCCUGGUUGCAUUGUGGUCAGAGCAAUUGUUUCCUCUCUUUCAAAAAGGCAGAUUUUUGUUUUACUUUGGGUACACACUCUGAAAUUUUGCAACAAGGCCUCUCCAGACAUCCUUUUUUUUUUUUUUUACUGCACACUCAUGAUGAUUUGUGUCCGUGAUGCUCUUGGGGUGGCCACAUGCAACUCUGCUUUCAAUACUGUUUGUGCCUGCAAAGGUUUUGGGUUAUUCACACUGCCUCAUUUCCAGCCAAUGCAUAUCAUAUAACUUCCUGCAGAAAUCCCAUAACUUUUUAUAUCACAAAUGAGAUGGUCCAUCCUGUUUAGCCGCCUGAGGCAAAACAGGAAGGAGCUGCCUUGCCUCUGCUGAAGCCUCACAUUCUGGGGUUGUGCAGUGGUGGCUUCUGGUGAGGUCUCAUGAGAUUUCCACAAGACCUUGCCAAAAGCUGCUGCCAAGCAACCCCAGCGGCUGCAAGGGCGGGGUGUGCCCACGGAAUCCUGCCCCCCAAGGUGACUGCUUCAGUCCCCCUCACAGGCCACAAACAUUCUGAUUUAUUUCUGAUCUGCUGUGGUUGUGCUAUAGCCUCUCCAGACUGUAAUCAUAGAAUUGUGAAGUUGGAAGGGAUCCUGAGGAUCUUCUAGUCCAACCCCCUGCAAUGCAGGAAUACGCCGCUGCCCAUACACGGAUCAAACCUGCAACUUUGGCAUUAUGAGCACCACGCUCUAACCAACUGAGCUAUCAGGAGUAGCAUUGGGGAAGCAUCACAGAACAAACUAAAGCAGAAUAAAUCCACUACCAGUGCACUAUCAUUAUGUCAAGAACAUGAUGCAAUAAAACACCAGUCUGGAAGGGCCCAAAGUGGUGGUGCAGAGUAUACCUCUGUGAUGUGUGACCAUUCUAGGACUGGUGCAGGCAAUGCAUCUCAGAUGAUGCUACCUCUUUCCCUCUGUCAAAACCUAGUUCUCCCUUUGAGAAUGUGUGUUGUGUUGAGAACACAGAGAAUCAGAAUGCCCAGCUGCCUUCCCUUCAUGGGCAGCAAUUCUGCCCACACUUACCUGGGGGGGAAAUCCCAUUGAACUUGAUAGGACAUACUUCUGAGUAAGCCUGUACUCACCAUUUUCAUUUCCCCAAGUAGCAUAACAAUUAGAAAUAAAUAUCUUGGGUCGUGUCUAAGUAGAUGCGCCCUUACUUCUAAUGACAGCUUGUGGUUUUGGUUUGGCUUCUGCCUGUGCAAGCCUUCAUCUGAGUUCUUUGAAAUGGUGCAUAAAGUCUGGAGUAAGGGAGUGUUAUUGGCAGUGCCUUAUUUCUAUGAAAAAUGGUGUCGCUACACACCGUGCCCCCCAUCUCCCCCACCAUCCCGUCGCUGUUUGCUUGUACUCCCUCUGCCACUAUCCCACCACCACUGCUUGUCCACCUCCUCCCUCCCUUCCCCCUGCUUCAACCACUACCGCUGCUUCCCAGAGCUGAUUUGGUGUGACCCUUUUACAAUCACCAAAACACCUUCCAAGAAUGUGCCUGGCGAUUGUAAAAAGGUCGUGCCAAAGCACCUCUGCUCCCUUUCUGUGAUGUUUUCAGAUCACUUCCAGGUUCACUGUGAUGUGCACAUUUGCACACAUAUCAUAUGCACCUCAAAUGGUUUCUGCAUGUAUCAGUAACUCUCAGUAAUAAGAGGGUCAAUGGUCUCAGGUUGCACAGUCUAAAAGUCUCAACAUAAAAGAAAUGGAAAUUGGGAGGGAGGAGGAAAAAUGAAUAUUCAAGGAACCAGCUCUUAGUCACCAAAUUCUUACAAGUGUUCUGUCUGGCAAGGGGUGAGGGAGCAAGCUCUUUGGUGCUGGCGCUUCUUUGGCCAAUAGCUGGGCCCAGGCUGAUCUUCCCCUUGCUGUGAUACUCUUCCUGGGAGGCAGGGGGUUUAACUUCCCAGUGGACUUUCGCCCCCUGGAUGACGGCACAGGCCAGUGUGUUCUGAUUUUCAGCUCUGCAAUCCCAACUGGUGCACAUGGAUAACAGGUUUCCAAUAAAGCCUUAAACAUCUUUAUGCAGAAGUGAGUCCUGCUAUUUUCAAUGCAGCUUACUCCCCCACUCCCAGUAAACCGUGUGGUGGAAAAAUUUGUGCACAAGGCAAAAUCAGACACUGUUUUAUCCGUUUUCCAUUUUAUCCGGUUCCCAGUUUGGCAGUGCAGGAAAGCUAGCUGCUAGUAUUAAAGCCUUCCCAACAGAGCCAGCCACUCACCGAAAAAGGAUACAGUAAGUUCUUUUCAUUGGUAAAGCAGUCCUCUCUUUAAGCAGGAUCGCCCCCUUCUGGUAAUCACAUCAUCUGCCAUGCCAACAGAAAUAGUGAAUAGGCAGAUAACUGCGCAGGAUACAAGGCUGAAUGCAUGAGCUUCUGUCCAGGGAAUCUUCUGGAAUAGAUGAAUAUGUAAGUUCUGGCCUCUGUCCAUUUAAAGUUCUCUCAAUUUCUCAUUUUUCCAGUCUCAAGUUCGGUUUGCUAGAUUUCAUUAUGGAAACUCAUGAGCAUUUUAGCAUGCAUCUCUCCCCAUAUGCACAUUUUUGUAUGCAAUUUUGUCUAAUAUACACCUUUUUGCAAAUAAUAUUUUCCCUAAUACAAUGCAUUUUUGAAAGUUAAGCAAAGUGUGUGUUGUUAAUAUACACUUUCCCCUAUUUUUGUACAUUUUGCGUUUAGAGAUCUGCAUUGCAAAAUUGAGAAAUGUGCAAAUUCUGAUGGAUAGCUGUACUUAACUUUGUGUAUUUUUAAAACUAUUUCUUUAAGAAAAUGUGAAUUGUAUAGGUUUCCAUUAAAAUGUAAAAAUUUCCCCUUCCCAACUUGUUGGACAACUGCUCAAACUCGCUUAGCAGAUUUGCAACUCAGAACAGAACCAGUAUUGGUAUAAUUCACUGGUCCAAAAGCAGGUUUCAAAGAGCAAUUCAGCCCUGCCCUGCGACCAUUCAUCAUCAAUAAAAUGCCUGAAUUUUGCUCAAUUAAUUAUUAAAUUAAUAAUUAAAUACGGACACCUUCACAUAUUACAGAAGCAAUAGUUUGAAAUGGAAGACUAAGCUUCAUUUUGAAUUAAAUUUCUUCUCCACACAUGGAAGAAAAUGCUUCUUUUAAGGUGGAGCUCAUAUAAGGACAUGUGCUCAAGUAAUUAGAAUUAUUUUAAUUUGCUGCAUUUUCUUAAGUGCAACAUUUAAACAAAGGGGGUAACUUUUGAAACCACCAGAUGUUUAAUUGAUUGAUCGAUCUGAUUAUUCAGCUUGUUGCUGAAUAAUGGUUUCACAAUUCUCCCUAACUUCUUCACAUCCAGAGGUCACUGAAAUAAUAUCUCUACCAGCUUGCUCAAAUAACUGAUGUCUCAGAUCCGAUUAUUAAUUUGCAGCUUACUAGCUCACUGGGAGCCCUGUAAAGCCAUCUCUUUCAGCAGUUGCAAAAGUUGUAUAAAAACACCACACUAAUGCUGUUUCCCUUUCCUUUUCUCCCACUCCAACCCCACUGCAGGAUCUGAGUUCAAUUUGAUGACUCGUGGCGAAAAUAUGCAGAGCAACAUGACGACAUGCAGUGCCACCAUUGAUGAAUUCCGGAGUCAAGUGUACACUACGACGUACUCUAUAAUCUCAGUGUUGGGCUUAUUAGGAAACGGCUUUGUGCUGUGUGUCCUUAUAAGAACAUUCCAGGAGAAAACAGCCUUCCAGAUAUACAUGCUCAACCUUGCUACUUCAGACCUGUUGUUUGUGUGCACACUGCCUCUGCGGGUGGUAUACUAUGUCCACAAGGGCGACUGGUUCUUUGGUGACUUCCUAUGCCGGAUCAGCUCCUACGCCAUGUACGUCAACUUGUACUGCAGCAUCAUGUUCAUGACGGCCAUGAGCUUCUUCCGCUGCAUUGCCAUAGUUUUCCCCAUGCAGAACCUCAGGUUUGUAACUCGGAAGAAAGCCGUGCUGGUAUGCGGAGCCAUUUGGAUCUUCGUGACACUGACGAGCAUGCCAUUUCUGCUGAGCGGCUCAUACCUGGACAGUUCGAGCAACAAGACUAAGUGCUUUGAGCCCCCGCCAGUAGAUCAGAUGCUGAAGCUGGUGGUCCUCCAUUAUGUUGCAUUAUUUAUUGGCUUCAUCAUUCCCUUCACCACCAUCACCGCCUGCUACACCAUGAUCAUAAGAACCUUGCUGAAAAAUUCCUUGCAAAAAAAAGAAGCAGCCCGCCGGAAAGCCAUCUGGAUGAUUGUCAUUGUCACCUUGACCUUCCUCUUGAGCUUCACUCCCUAUCAUGUCCAACGCACGGUCCACAUUCAUUUCAUGAUGGAAGGGGGUUCGCGUUGUGAGGAUACCCUCUACAUGCAGAAAUCUGUGGUGAUAACGCUUUCCCUGGCAGCUUUCAAUUGCUGCUUCGACCCACUUCUCUAUUUCUUCUCUGGAGGCAACUUUCGCAAAAGGCUUUCUACCUUCCGAAAGGGGUCGGCCUCCAGUGUGUUGCAGGCGCACAAGUUCAAGAUGUCCUUAAAGAACUUGGAGGAGGAGCCAGCUAAUGGGAAGGCACGAGAAGAGAUGGACUUAUAGCCUUUGCAGAAGCUACCAGAAAAUCCUAGCAGGGUGGGAAGCCAAAAGACCUGGCACACUGCUAUCUCUUAAGUUAUGAACACGAUGGUGCAAGGCAACCUGGAACUGGCAUGACCUCUGGUGUCAUUCAGAUACCUCUGUAGCAGUCAAACCAAUCUGAGGUGCAUUAUCCCAUGUGUGUUGGUGGUUUAGCAGAUGUGUGGGAUGAUUUGUCAUAUUUAUUUGCCACAUUUAUGUCCCACCUUUUCUCCAAGCUCAAGGAAUUGUACAUGGUUCUCUCUCCUCCUCCUGUUUUAUCUACAGAGCAAACCUCCAAGGCAUAGCUGUCAACUUUUCCCUUUUCUUGCAAGGAAUCCUAUUCAGAAUAAGGGAAUUUCCCUUUAAAAAAGGGAAAUGUUGACAGCUAUGCGAGUCCAAGGUAGAUUAGGCUGAAAGAUAGUGGCUGUCUCACAGUUGCCCAGUAACUUUGCAUUGCAAUCAAUCAAUCAAUAUAUCCUGGACUGCUUGUGCACAAGCAUUUGUGUCCUUUACAGCUUGACUUGCAAACAAGUGGCCUUGUGGAGGCAAUGCUAAAGAGUAAACAAUGGCUAGAUACUGCUUGUUCUAAGAUAAAGGGACACUCAGCACUUUUGAAGCACACACAUCCCACCCACGCCCCAAAAAUCUGGUCACUGUAGUUUACCCCUCACUGAGUUACAUUUCUCCUAAUUAAGGGAAAUGAAUUAAUUCUUAAGUGUUGCAAAGUCACUAUCACAUCCUAGUGAUCUGAUUCUCAGAAAGAUCAUAGCUAUAAUUGGGUGAAGAAGGGUGAAGGUCCUCUGGAGAAUGGGAAAGGGAAUAGGUAUAGGAACCUAAGACCCCUGUUGGAUAAGGCCAGUGGCCCAUCUAGGCCAGCAUCCUGUCCUCAUUGUGGCCAACCAGAUGCCUGAAAGAAGGACCUGAACACAGCAGCAGUCUCCACUGCUUAUGAGUCCUAUGAACAGGCAUUCAGGAACACACUGACAUCAUGGUUAGUAGUCAUUGAUAGCCUUGUCCUCCAUGAAAUUCUCUAAUCCUCUUCUGAAGCCAUCGAGAUUGGUGACCAUCACUACCUUAAAUAUGUGCUGUGUGAAGAAGUACAGUGGUACCUCAGUUUACAAACUUAAUCUGUUCCAGAAGUCUGUUCUUAAACUGAGGCGCACUUUCCCUAAUGAGGCCUCCUGCCGCCGGUGCCCUUCCACUGUUCAGAUUCUGUUCUUAGACUGAGGUAAAGUUCUCAAACUGGGACACAAUUUCAGGUUUUGCGGAGUUUGGAAACCAAAUUGUUCUUAAACUGGACUGUUCUUAAACCGAGGUACCACUGUAUUUUGUUUCAGAGGUGCCAUCUUUUCAAGAUGAUUGAGGGGCUCUGAUGUGAUGCCCUGGCAUCAUGCAUGUGACACCGCAAGGAGCCAGGGGGCAGAGCCAAAUGCCCUCUGAACACUGAGGGGGCCUGGCCCCCUCAAAAACAAAAUAAGCAUUGGGGGGGGGGGGCUGAAACUGCCUCAACCUCCAGGAACUGGUUCCUAUGCUUUGUUAAGUUUGUCUUGAAUUGCCAGCAUCAGUGGAUGUUCCCAAGUUCUAAUCUAGAGUUGAGAGAAGGGUAAAAACCUUUCCCUAUCCAUUUCCUUUCCCUUUUCUACCUCCAGAGCAUAUAUAGCAGGAAAGGGUUGUUUUAGAUACACACACCAGUUUUAAUCCCACCUCCCAGCGUACUUAGUAUAAGAUGUAAAGGACUUAAGUGAGGAACCUUUGGCCCUCCAGAACAACAGCUCCCAACAUCCCUGGCCAUUGGCCAUGCUUGCUGAGGCUGAUGGGAGUUGUAGUUCAACAGCAGAGGGCUAAACAUUCCCCACACCUGUCUUCGGUAGUCCAGUUUCCUCUUCUCACCUACACUAUCUUUCCCCUCCCUUUCAACAGGCACUUUGACAUUCCAUUAUAUCCUGGAGGCUGACAGAGCUUUCUCAGGUCAUCAGCUUGUUUGUUUUUAAAAAUGUUCUUAUUAAAUUUUAAUUUACAAAUGUAUAUGCUUCUGCAUAUCUAGAAUUUCAACCGAGUAUGUAAGAACCGCUGUCUUAUUUCUUCGAGUUGGUGUCAAUGAGACUGCUUGCCAAGAAACUGAUUAAACUGACUUACAUUGUAUAUCAGGGCUGACCCACCCAUCAGGCAAGGUGAGGUGACUGCAGAGCCUGAUUUCAAUCUUUCCCCCUUCCUUUUUUUUUUUUAAAGCAAUUUAUUGGGUUUUACAAUAG